AUGAUUGUAGGGCAAGGUGUGAGGAACGACGAUGGAAGUUACACCUUUCCUACUGAAACCAUCCAGGCGACGAAAAGUCAACACAACUUAACAAUAAUGAAUGUUAUGGUACUCACGAAUGCCAUCAUUUCGGUGGACGAAGUCCAGCUCUAUAUCUACGCAGAAUCCGAAAAUAAAAGCGGUAGCCUCGUUUCCCUACUUCCCAAUUCUGCUGGAGUGUUUGAGGCUAGGGUGAACCCGAUAGUGGUUGGGAAUUUCGAAUUGGAAGAAGCUGAUAUCCUUAUGAAAAGUGAAGUAAAUGUUACCUCAACCGGCCAGGUGCAAGUUUCCACAGAAUUCACUCUCCGCCUCUCAAAGACCACACUAGGAGGAAAUGCAAUCGUUGUACAUAAACUUGUUUUUGUUGUGACUUCUCACGACAAAAAUAAAACAGAACAUCGGCACGAUCAAAUGUAUUCCCUGGAGUACACAAAGGGUAAGUACCCUCUUUAGUUGCUUAAUUUACGUUGACUGCCCCCUAUUUUUACACAAGGUGAUUUUAUGAUUUAAAUUAAGACAAUAGAUACCUCUUAACUGGAUAUGUUUAGAUAAGUUAGAUAAAUUAGAUAAGUACUUACAAAGUACACCCCUUAUAUUUAAGAUUGACAAAACAAACAUGAAUACUACUGUAGACAUGACAUCAGGAUGGUUUUACACUUUUUUCUUUGAGGGGAAAAAUUCUAAUCCCAAAUGUUGCUCUUCUCAUUUGCCCUUUAGUGUAAUAAAUGAUCUAGAUAUAAUGUAGCAGUAGAGCACUGUGUGAAUAGGUUCAUUGUGGCACCAUAUAUUAAUAAGAAGAACAUCAAAUUGGAGUGUUGCAUAUUGAAGGUGUGUUGUAUUUCAUUGGAGCUAAAACUAUUUUGCCACAAAUUGUUAACAAAUUUAUGGCAAGUUGUACUUAUUAUUACCUGCAGAUGAAUUGGAAGAGCUAUUUUUAAUCAUAAAAGUCAUUAAUGUCAAUUUAUCAAAUUAAUUGUGGAGCUCGCAGAGCGUAGCCCCCUAAUUAUACAAAAUGGUAGUAGUAACCCAUCAAGCCAAAAAAAUUUGGACUUACAACUGUACGACUGUAUGACUGACCAUACAAGGUUCUACUUUUAACAUGUGUGGUCAACUGUACCAUGGGCAUGCCAACACCAUGGUUUUGUCCAGUAGUCCAGUGGUCAGUACACUGGGCUCUGAGUCAGUCGACCCAUGUUCUAGUCCUGGCUGGGGCAAGGCGUUGUGCCCUUGGGAUGUGCGGGGAAAAAAAAAAUGCAAGCUCCGCUUUUAGGCUUGGCUAAAUCUAUAUAUUACAAAAUGGUAGUAGUAACCCAUCAAGCUGAAAAAAAUUGGACUUGACACCAUACAGGCGUCCGUACAAGGUGCUACUUUUAACAUGCGUGGUCAACUGUACCACAGGACUUUUUAACUUUGAGCUAAGGAGAUAUUUAUGCUAUCUGAUUAUAGGGCAAGGUGUGAGGAACGAUGAUGGAAAUUACACCAUUCCACCUGAAAACAUUCAGGUGACGGAAGGUCAACGUGACUUAACAAUAAUGAAUGUUAUGGUGCUCUCGAAUGCCACCAUUUCGGUGGACAAAGUCCAGCUCUAUAUCUACGCAGAAUCCGAAAAUAAAAGCGGUAGCCUCGUUUCCCUACUUCCCAAUUCUGCUGGAGUGUUUGAGGCUAGGGUGAACCCGAUAGUGGUUAGGGAUUUUGAAUUGGAGGAAGCCCAUAUCCUUAUGAAGAGUGAAGUAAACCAUACCUCAACCAGCCAGGUGCAAGUUUCUACAGAAUUCACUCUCCGCCUCUCAAAGACAACACUAGGAGGAAAUGCAAUCGCUGUACAUAAACUUGUUUUUGUCGUGACUUCUCAUGACAAAAAUAAAACAGAACAUUGGCACGAUCAACAUUAUUACCUGAAUUACACAAAGACACAGGGUAAGUACCCUCCCUAG